CUCGGUAGUAGAUCACAGCACGGUAGUCGCACUCCUGAGCUGGUUGAUUAAGUUUCGAUUUGCCUUUCCUGAUACAUACAAGCGGAGACUCUGAUAUAUGACGAUUAGUCUGUCGGUCGCUUCCGUGGAUUGACAUAGUUCCCUGUAGUUGACCGAUUCCUCCGCGAAGAGCAUGUAUACCGUGUCCAAAGGACCCAGCAAGCUGGUGGCAAAAACGCGACGAGGUAUUCCACAGAAUUAUGAAAAAUUCGAGCUGAUGCGUGAUUUGGGCAAGAAGAGUAACGGUGACUGUGAUAUGGCCAGUGAAGUGAGCAUACCCCGGCCGGUGUUUCAGACUACGAAGAAGUCGUCGGCACAGUAUUUGCGAGCACAGCAGCACCAGCAGCAGCAAUCAGAGCCUGAGAACCUGAGUCCACAGCAUGAAGAGCUGAUAAAAUAUAUCAAUGACUCGUGGAACAUGGCGGUUGCGCCAAACCCCUACGACGUGCCGGGUUCACCUGACAGUAUGAGUAAUUUGAAUACCGACAUUCAUCAGAUUCUGCCGAUAUUGAUCGUUUUCUAUUAUUUUUCAGGUUCCAACACCUCCCUCUCUUCGUCCUGCAGUACCAGCUCGGUAUCGUCGAGCGGCUCGAAUAGCAGUACGACCACCCUGUACUAUAACGACCCGCCCAGUCCGGUUUUGGUCGACUUCAAACCGUUUGAUCUGGAGUCCUGGUGGGGGAGGAGAAUAUUCAACAAUAUUACCAAAAAUCUGUGAAAGUCUGAGUCGAUAAGUAAGAAGAAGACAACACAACAAAUCACAUAAAACCCACAGUUUUACACAACAACAAAACAAUACUUAAACUAUCGCGAAACUAAUCAACUAUAGGCAACAUUACAAAAAUCUGUGAAAACCAAAUAUUCGAAAAUUAUUAGUACCUUCGGACAGCUGGAGUAGAGAGCCAUAAGCGCAUCAGAUAACGAAAAUCAAAUGGUGCAUAUUAUCAGUUCGGAAUCAGUAUGCUAGCAGCACAUAGAAAGAGAGAAGACGAGAGUGAGAGAGCGGAAGGCUAGGCGAUAACACAGAAUAGAGACAAACAAGACAGGACAAGGAGGGGUCGCAAGUGUGAAUGUGUUUCUGUGAUUAGCAUUAGCGAGCAUUUAGGAAUGUUACUAGGAGUGAACGCGAACGUUGGUUGGUUGGUCGGUUGUCUGGUAAAGAUACUGCUGGAUUAGUUUCCUAUACUUUUUAUUAUUUUUGCAAAUCAUCAAAAAUGUUCCUAAGUUUUCUUGCCAAUAGUGAAAUUUUCUAGUGCACGGUAGCAUCAGUCCACGUGUUAGGUUAUUUGGAUUCCGGCCUAGACUUUCACGUAUAGUUUGUAUUGUAUUUAAUUUAG